CCCCCUACCGAAAUUCCUGUUACGGAUCUAGACGUUAUAUAUCAUUAAGCACCUAUCUUUUUAAAAAAAUUCAAAGUAGGCUAGGAGGUUGAAAUGUAUUAAUGGUCUCAGAUUCGGCAGUACAUCUAAUAGCAGGGGGAUUAGCAGGCACUGUGGCUACUGUUUUGACAUGUCCUUUAGAAGUUUUGAAAACUAGGUUGCAGUCAUCUGCUUAUCAAACACCAUUUGAACAGCAAUAUAAAUAUAUGUUAUCAUCUAAUCAAGAUCCGAAUUUUUACAAAGUAUCUAGUCAAUCACAAAAUGCAAAAUUCGCAAUUAAUAAUAAUAUAUUAAAACAAAAAUCCAAAAUAUAUUUUUUACUGAGGCAUACAUUUCAAACAGAAGGCUUAAGAGGGUUAUUUAAAGGAUUAGUUCCAAAUUUAAUUGGUGUUGCUCCUGCUAGAUCAAUAUAUUUUUGUGCCUAUUCAAAUGGCAAAAAAUAUUUUAAUAAAAAGUUAAAACCUGAUAGUCCUACUGUCUAUAUAUUAUCUGCUUCAUUAGCAGGUUUUGUCACAUCAACAUUAACAAAUCCAAUAUGGUUUAUCAAAACUCGACUCCAGCUUGAUCAAAGUACAUAUCAAGAAAUUAAAUUGUCAGCCUUGCAAUGCAUUAAACAAACUUACAGGACUGAUGGUAUAAGAGGAUUUUAUAAAGGUGUAACCGCUUCUUAUUAUGGCAUAUCCGAGACUGCUAUUAAUUUUCUCAUUUACGAAUCCAUUAAAAAACAAAUUUUAUCCCAAGAUGAUCAUCUACAAUUGCCUAACCAACCUAAAAAGGAUAUAAAUUCAACCAUACGUUUUCUGCAAUUAAUGCUUUGUGCUGGUGUGGCAAAAACAUUUGCUGCCACUAUAGCCUAUCCUCAUGAAGUUGCCCGAACUAGACUACGUGAAGGCAAAGACAAGUACAGAACAUUUUGGAAAACCUUGAUUGUGAUAGCAAGGGAAGAAAAAUACAAGGGUCUUUAUCGUGGUCUCUUAACUCAUCUUAUCCGACAAAUACCUAACACUGCCAUAACAUUGGCUACUUACGAAACUUUAGCAUAUUUUAUGACUCGCAAAAUACACGACAAUAAAGCACAUAAAAUACCUAAACAAGAGAUAUUAUAUCAAAAAAAUACUUUGCCUAUACCUGACAUUGCAAUUCAUACAAGCAAAACUGCUAGUAAACAGCAGAGUUCUGAUCUAAUCGAUAUUGAUCAAAAAAUGAAUGUAUUAAUUGAAGACUAAAAAUAUUUUCUUUUUUAUAAUAAUAUGUUUUGUUCCAUAUUGCGUGAAUUAUGAGAUAUUUCUUUAUACAGCAAUCGAGAAUAUUAUUAUUAAGUACAUUUAUAUA